UGAUGCUCUGAGCGCGGGAUUCAGAAGGCGCCAAAAGGGAGGCGCUGAUUGGCUUAGCCGAGUCCUCAGCCUGGUCUUCGGUCGCGCGUGGCUGCGAGGGAGCAGGUGGCAGUGGAAGGUUUCGCCUGUGUUGUAUCAUCACAGAAACAGAAGCAGACUGCAACUGGAGCUGAGUUACCAGGAUGGGAAUCCAUGGUUUGGCCAAGCUGAUUGCUGAUAUAGCUCCUGGUGCCAUUCGAGAGAAUGACAUAAAGAGUUACUUUGGCCGGAAGGUGGCCAUUGAUGCAUCUAUGAGUAUUUACCAGUUCCUGAUUGCUGUAAGGCAGGGAGCUGACAUGCUGCAGAAUGAAGAAGGCGAGACCACAAGCCACCUGAUGGGGAUGUUCUACCGCACCAUCCGCAUGGUGGAAAAUGGCAUCAAGCCUGUCUAUGUCUUUGAUGGCAAGCCCCCACAGUUGAAAUCGGGGGAACUAGCCAAACGCACCGAGCGCCGAGCUGAAGCGGAGAAGCAGUUGCAAGAGGCCAAAGAGGCAGGUGAGGAGGAAAAUGUAGAAAAGUUCAGCAAGAGGUUAGUGAAGGUGACCAAGCAGCACAACGAUGAGUGCAAGAAGCUGCUGACCUUGAUGGGCAUCCCUUACGUUGACGCACCUGGUGAGGCUGAAGCUAGCUGUGCUGCACUGGUGAAAUCAAGCAAGGUCUAUGCAGCUGCUACUGAGGAUAUGGAUUGCUUGACCUUUGGUAGCCCUGUGCUGAUGCGGCAUCUUACAGCCAGUGAGGCAAAGAAGCUGCCGAUUCAGGAAUUCCACCUGAGCCGCAUCCUUCAGGAUUUGAGCCUCACGCAGAAGGAGUUUGUGGACCUUUGCAUACUGCUGGGCUGCGACUACUGCGAGAGCAUCCGCGGCAUUGGGCCGAAGCGGGCCGUGGAGCUGAUCAAGCAGCACAAGAGCAUAGAAAAGAUUCUCCAGCAAAUAGAUGCCAAGAAGUAUUCUGUGCCUGAGAACUGGCUGCACAAGGAGGCCCAGCUGCUCUUCCUGGAACCUGAAGUUGUCGACCCCGAAGCUGUGGAUCUGAAGUGGAACGAACCAGAUGAGGAAGAGCUGGUCAACUUCUUGUGCGGGGAGAAGCAGUUCAACGAAGAAAGAAUACGCAAUGGGGUCAAGAGGCUGAACAAGAGUCGCCAGGGCAGUACUCAGGGCCGAUUAGAUGACUUCUUUAAGGUUACUGGCUCCAUCACUUCAGCCAAACGCAAAGAGCCAGAACCCAAGGGAUCUGCCAGGAAGAAAGCCAGGGGCAGUGGUGCACUAACAUCAAAGUUUAAAAGAGGGAAGUAAAAUUGUUUUCUAGAACUCUGUACCAGUUCCCUUCCACUGCAGAUGCUUGGAGCGAAAUAUAUUAAACUACAAUUAUAGAG